UCGUUCCAGCCACCUCGACCCACCCGCCCGCACUGCCCUCUCGGAGCAAGAGGCGAGCCCGCAUCCAUGCCGGUCCCGCUGCGCCGGCUCCUGCAGCUGCUGGCGCUGCUGCUCUUGCCCCUGCCCGGUCCCGGGAGUUUUGGAAGUACCAGCACUGUGACCCUCCCCGAGACCCUGUUGUUUGUUUCCACUUUGGAUGGAAGUCUGCACGCUGUGAGCAAGAGAACGGGCUCGACCAAAUGGACUUUAAAAGAAGAUCCAGUCCUGCAGGUUCCCACCCAUGUUGAAGAGCCUGCAUUCCUCCCAGACCCCAAUGAUGGAAGCUUGUAUACACUUGGUGGUAAGAACAACGAAGGUCUGACGAAACUUCCCUUUACCAUCCCAGAAUUGGUGCAGGCAUCUCCAUGCCGAAGUUCAGAUGGCAUUCUCUACAUGGGUAAAAAGCAGGAUAUUUGGUACGUCGUUGACCUUAUGACUGGAGAGAAGCAGCAGACUUUGUCCUCCGCAUUUGCAGAAAGCCUCUGUCCAUCCACCUCUCUUCUGUAUCUCGGACGAACAGAGUACACCAUCACCAUGUAUGAUACAAAGAGCCGAGAGCUUCGGUGGAAUGCUACCUAUUUUGACUAUGCGGCCACUGUACCAGAAGAAGACAUGGAGUACAAGAUGUCCCACUUCGUGUCCAAUGGGGACGGGCUGGUGGUGACCGUGGACAGCGAGUCUGGAGAUGUCCUGUGGAUUCAGAAUUACGCCUCGCCGGUGGUGGCCUUCUACAUCUGGCACCGGGAGGGUCUGCAGAAGGUGAUGCACACCAACGUCGGGGUGGAGACGCUGCGCUAUCUGACCUUCAUGUCUGGAGAGGUGGGGCGUAUCACCAAGUGGAAAUACCCCUUCCCAAAGGAGACCGAGACCAAGAGCAAACUGACGCCCACCCUCUAUGUUGGGAGAUAUUCCACCAGCCUGUAUGCCUCCCCAUCAAUGGUCCAUGAAGGAGUUGCUAUUGUGCCUCGAGGCAGUGCCUUUCCCCAACUAGAAGGCCCCCAGACAGAUGGCGUCACAAUCAAAAGUAAUGAAGAAUGUGUGAUCACCCCCAGCGUAGACCUGAACAUUGAUUUUGGAAUCAAAGGAAAAAAUAAACUCAACUACUGGACCAAUUAUUGGCUUCUCAUAGGACAUCAUGAGAUCCCCCUCUCCGCUUCUACCACAGUCUUGGAGAAAUUCCCCAACAAACUGCCCAGACAUCGUGAAAAUGUGAUCCAUGCCGAUUCAGAGAAGAGUUUUGAGGAGAAGGUUAUCAAAAUAGUUGACCGGGACGCAGAAGAACCAACUCCUACCGCUCAUCAAGAUAUUGAAUUCACUCGAACCCCAGUAAAAACAGAGGCAGCGGUGGACUCCAUGUUGAAGGACAUGGCUACAAUCAUCCUGUGUACCUUCCUUCUUAUUGGAUGGGUCGCCUUUGUCAUCACCUACCCAAUGAGCAUGCACCAGCAACAGCAGCUCCAGCACCAGCAAUUUCAGAGGCAGCUGGAAGAGAGGAUCCAGCUGCUGCAGCAACAGCAGCUUCCUUUCCAACCUCCCAGUGACCUGGCUCAGGACCCGGACUUGCUGGAUGCCUCUGCUGGUUUGCACUCUGAGAGCUCAGCCCCCAGCAGUCCCAACAUGUCCCCCAAGGGCUCCAACCACUCUCAGCAUUCCAGCAACUCAGCGUCCAAGGUCGGCAGCAGCACUGUCGCUGAGCAAGAUGAUGACGAUGAAGAGACCAGCGUGGUGGUGGUUGGGAAAAUUUCCUUCUGCCCAAAGGAUGUCUUAGGACAUGGAGCUGAAGGCACAAUCGUAUACCGGGGGAUGUUUGACAACCGGGCUGUGGCAGUAAAGAGGAUACUCCCAGAGUGCUUCAGUUUUGCAGACCGUGAGGUGCAGCUGCUUCGGGAAUCAGACGAGCACCCCAAUGUGAUUCGCUAUUUCUGCACGGAGCGAGAUCGCCAGUUCCAAUAUAUUGCUAUUGAACUGUGUGCAGCCACUUUGCAAGAGUACGUGGAACAGAAGGACUUUGCUCACCUUGGCUUAGAACCCAUCACCUUGUUGCAGCAGACAACAUCGGGACUUGCUUAUCUUCACUCCCUCAGCAUUGUUCACAGAGACCUGAAACCCCACAACAUCCUCCUCUCCAUGCCCAAUGCACAUGGCAAGAUCAAGGCUAUGAUCUCUGACUUUGGCCUCUGCAAGAAGCUGGCGGUGGGUAGGCACAGUUUCAGCCGCCGCUCCGGGGUACCAGGCACUGAGGGAUGGAUUGCCCCAGAGAUGCUGAGCGAGGAUUGCAAGGAGAAUCCGACUUACACAGUGGACAUUUUCUCUGCGGGUUGUGUCUUUUACUAUGUGAUAUCUGAUGGCAACCACCCAUUUGGCAAGUCCCUGCAGCGGCAAGCCAACAUCCUCCUUGGUGCCUACAGCCUUGACUGUUUGCACCCAGAGAAGCAUGAAGACAUCGUUGCUCAUGAACUAAUAGAAAAAAUGAUUGCUAUGGAUCCUCAGAAGCGGCCCUCAGCCCAGCACGUGCUGAAACACCCAUUCUUCUGGGGCUUAGAAAAGCAGCUGCAGUUUUUUCAGGACGUGAGUGACCGGAUCGAGAAGGAGGCCUUAGAUGGUCCCAUAGUGAAGCAAUUAGAAAAAGGAGGGAGAAGAGUGGUCAAAAUGGACUGGAGGGAAAACAUUACUGUUCCGCUCCAGACAGAUCUUCGAAAAUUCAGAACCUAUAAAGGAGGUUCUGUAAGAGAUCUUCUCCGUGCUAUGAGAAAUAAGAAGCACCACUACCGGGAGCUCCCUGAGGCUGUGCAGGAGACACUGGGCUCUAUCCCUGAUGAUUUUGUCCGUUAUUUCACAUCACGGUUCCCCCACCUCCUCUCCCACACCUACCGAGCCAUGGAACUAUGUAGCCAGGAGAGGCUCUUUCAGCCUUACUAUUUCCAAGAGGCCACAGAACUGGGCCCCACAGUGACAAACGAUGGCCUCUGAAAAAGGGAUGUCCUCUCUAUUCCCAAUAGAGGGGCCAAUGUGAGGACUAAGGGAUUGGCCUUUGUGACCCAGCAUUUGGAAUCCCUUUGGCUCAGAUAGCCAUGAGAGGGAAGCUGUGCUUCUGAUACUAAGUGCCUUGGACUGCCUGCCCUGUUCUGCAACCAGAGCAGGGGGAUGCUAAACCCUUGGAAGUGGAAGAAAUGGCUUCUUAAAACCAAAGGGAAAUCGAGAGGAUCAAGGCUGCUGGGGCCCUUUGUCUAUCAGGGCUCCCUAUGUAAAAUGGGCAAGGGUCAUGAGGCCUUGAAAGAGGCUGCAUCUGCCUUCAUCUUUCUGCUGGAGAAACCUCUUUUGGACUUUGGGGUUCUUGUUCAUCUGCUAUUUGUGGUUGAUAUAUAGGACUUUGGAAGGUCCCAAGAAGGGAGAAAAGAGGUUGUGGGAGUAAAGAAUCCAAAGGUCUAUUCAUCCAACAGGAGUUAACAGCAUCUCCUUCCUUUUAUCAGCCAGGUUUGAUUUUGCGCUACCAGGCUGACUCCCCUGCAAGACAGUGGGGCUGGAGAGGAACAAGGGCGGAACUAGGACCAAUGGGUUUCUACCCAUGGAUUGGGUAGAGUGAAGUAGAUUUCUGCUUUCUUGAAGGAAAAAUUUCCCAACAAUUUGAACUAUCCUAAAAUAGACAGGGAGAGAGGGGAUUCCUGGUCAUGUACUGAUCAAGUUAGAUGACCUGUGAGGUUCCUUCAAACUUUGAGGUUCUUUGAGGAUUGAGGAAGACUCCAGUAUUCAAGUGUUAUCAAGAUGGAGGUUUUAUGAUGUCCUUGAAGCCAGGAGGCAUCAAGUAAAUCCUUUAUCCAUUGAGCACAUCCUAGAAACUCAUUAUGAAGUGCCUGUUUUAAACAUUGGCCAAAUGUCUUCUGAGAGGCAGUGAGUAUAAGGAACUGUUAGGAACUGAUUGACUCUAUAUCGGAGGUGGAGGUAGAUCACUAGAAGAGGGGUGGUGAUGGAAUGAGAGAUCUCUACUGGUGUCAGAAACAAACAAAAUACAUAUCUGGGUCUAAGUACACAAUAGUUUCCACCUUGGUUUCAAUCCUAAAAAUUUAAGUCAAGGUAUAAGGAAACAAUUUAGAAGAAAUUAUUUGUUUGCACCAGCCAGAGUAAGGUACAAGGAGGUACCUGAACUCCUGUGUCAAAUCAGGGGAUUUGUUCUAUAUGACCCCUAAAAUCUUCUACAGCUCCGAUAUUCUGAGUCUCACCAGAAAGAAGGAAGGGAGUGUAUCUUGGGAACCCCAGUUAGAGCAGGGCAAAUUCUCAUGUUAACUGUAGUCCUAUUUGCUAUUUUUUGGUUCAAACAUUCUUAAGCCUAGCCCUGUAAUUAAUGGCAAAACUUUUUAUUGGUUUAUUUUUUUUUCCUGACAUAAGCAAUAAAACUUGAUGCUGUGUGCAGCAGGGAACCUGGGGACAGCUCAUGCUUGGUGCCUGCUCUUUAGCGGAUUUCUCUGCAGUAUUCCUUUUCAAUGUCCUCAAAGCUGUGACUGAAAAAAAAUCCCUUCAUACCUGAGAAGCAUUAACAUGUUCUGACAUAGAACUUGUGUGGUAUUCUUUUGCAAUUAUCUAUUUAUUUUAUAUGUAUUUAUUUAAUUUUUACCCUGAAAUUGUAACUGGUUAAAGUGUGAGGGCCACAGGCAAAUUUGUGCUGUUACACUGCUAACUGUUUUUAAACUGGAAAAGGAAGAAAUGCUUAUUGUGUCUUUUGGUGGAGUGGAUGAGUCGUAAUUUUUUUUUAGAAGGGCAGAUUACUUGAUGGGGUAAAAUUUUAAAGUCUUAUGUGAUUUUUUUUUUGUUUAAAGAAAUAAAAUUCUGCGCCACUCUGUCUUAUUUGCUAAAUGGAUGGUUAAUUGAUGGAAUGUUGUGUGUUCAUUGUUUAUCACAGUCCUUUCUCUGGAGUGUAAAUUCCUGUUUUAGCUUUAUAUUUUUAUAAGAGCCAUUAUCAAUGUCAAAAGCCAAUAUUGUGCAAAUCUUUUGUGUAUUUUUAAAGCUUGGUGAUUCAGGGGUCAUUACAUAAAGCAAACUGCAUAUUUUUAUACCUCUCUGGUACAGUUCUUUUAUAAUUCUGCAUAUCGAUGUUGAUGAGAUGAUGACAAUGAUGACAACUUGUACUCAAGCAAACUUCAAAUAAAAAUAGAUUUAGAUUUG